ACGUCGGAGGAGGACGACGAUGAAGACGACGUCCCCUUGGUGAGGCGGUCUGCUGCAGAGCGAGCAAGCAGGCGGGAGACUAGCCCGCAACAGGGCGGUUAUGGCAGCCGUCCUUGCUACUCCAACGGCUCCACCGGUUCCCCCCGCACGAAGGGGACCUCCGGCGAGGAGUAUCUUGGCGGACAGGGUGCUCAAGCUCAACCCGCCGGGGUCUUCAAGGAAGAGGGGGCAGUCCAGCACCUCGCCGGCAGCCCCGGCCAAGAAACCCCGCCCGACAUCGGGCGGGGGUGACAAGGACGCCGCUGACGCGGCGGAUACAUUGGCGGCACCUGCCACUGGGGACACACGAGUCCCCGACCCAAACUUGCAAGGCACCGGCCCAGUAGCAGGAUCAACGGCAGCCGGCGGGAGCAUCCCGGCAACUGGCGGAGAUGCGGCUGACGGAGACGCGCACCAAGCCAGUGACAGGACGCGGCAAGUCGCUAGGGAUGCUCCAACUGCACCCGCGCCCACCGAGGUGCGGGUGAUCGACCUCACCGGUGAGGACGAUGACGAUGCCCCGGAGGAGGUUGCCUCCGCCGGAACCCUUCAACAAACUGCCCCGGAGCUUGCCGAGGACGCAACGGUCACUGCGGGGGGUGACGUGGACCAGCCUCUACCUGCCGAGGCAAGCAGCGGUGCUUUGGAGAUGCCCCCGAGCCCCCGGCCUGCCCCUUCGGGCGGGCAGGGAGCUGCGGGCCUCGGACAAGUCGGAGGCACGUCGCCGAGCCCUGACGCAGCGUCGGGGUCGCAGACGGCCGUGGCGGGGUCCUCCACAUCCGCCGGAGCCGCCUUCAGCCUAGGAGCAGGGGAGCUCGCCGGGCGAUCAUGGGGCUGA